UGAUCAGAUGAAAAUUUACUAAAUUCUCGCGUGUUCAGUAACACGGCUGUUUUUUGGUUCAAAUCGAAAUUUUGUCAAUUUGUACACAAUGAAUUUACGAAAAAAAUCUUGUUUUUCUUUUGAUGGUAAAUAUUUUGCAGUGUCAAGUGAACAGGGAUCUUUAAAAAUUUGGGAAACAUCUACAAAUGCAUUGAAACAAGAAUAUAUUUUGAAAUCGUCGGCAAAUAUUUCUUGCACUAUACUUAUUUGGGGUCCAAAUAAGCAUGAAGUCAUUAUUGAUGAUAAAGCUGAAAAGAAUAUUAAUCAUUCAGAUUGUCAGUGCUUGAUAAUAGGUACUGAAAAAGGAGAAAUUCUUUUGUUUGAUUUUACAACUGGAAAGUUUUAUAAUCAUUUUGUUACAUCUCAUACAGAAGCUGUAAAUGAUCUUUAUUGGCAUUCAGAUUCAAGUAGUUUAUUCAGUUGUUCAGCAGACAAAUUAGUCAGCAUAUGGGAUGUAUCUGGAAAGUUGAAAAAAUCUUGGGAAGCCGAUGAUGAACCUCUUUAUUCAUUAUGCGUUAUUGAUAGUGAUAAUUUACUUGUUGCAAGCACCUCAAUUUCAUGGUGGAAUAUAAAGGAACAUACCUUAAUUAAAAAAUUUAGUGGGCACAAUACAGAAAUUCUUUCAUUAUUGCCUGUCAUUGCCACUGAUGUAUCAUAUAAAUCUUACUUUCUGUCUGUUUCUGGUGAUUCAAAAAUUAGUGCUUGGCAUUUGAACAUUAAGAACAGCAAAACUGCAGUGGCAUCCUUCAAUAUACAAGGUGACAUAGAAAGUAUAGAUGUUACAAAAACUUUCUCCAAAAAUAAUCCAAUUUUUUUAUCAGCAGUAGUCAAAGAUGGGCCAUUGUACCUUUUUAAGCAUGUUUUAAAUGGAAAGCCUAAGAAAGAUUUAGAACCCCAAAUGACUCUUCACAUAGAAUCAAAGGCAUCUGUUGAUACUUCUAAACCAUCUUCUAUUCCUAUUAUUGCCUCACAGUUUUCCAGUGAUUCAAAGUCUUGCUUGAUUGCUUAUGGAAAUAUUGAAAAUCCUACAUUUGAAAAAGUGGAAAUUGUUGAUUGUCCAAAGACUUUAACUUUGUCAAGAGAUAAACGCUUAUCUAGUGAAGAUGACUCGGUUUUAAUAUCUGAGGUGAAAAUUUACAAUAGAUUGGGUGAAUAUAUUUCUGUAAAUGGAACAAUUCCAUCUUUAAAUUCCUCUCUUAGCAGUUCAAGUCCAAAAAGAAAAAAGCAAAAAGAUCCUGACAUAAAUAUAGCUUGCAAAGAGAAAGAAGAGACUCUGGAAUUAUCUGAUAAAAUUCAUUCACAUAACAUAGAUAUAAGUUCUCUCAGUGCAAAAAAAAGACAACGAAAAAUUUCUAAUCAAUCAAUUGUGUCAGAAUCUUCCAAUGAACAUACAAGUUUUUCACAUUCAACUACCAUAGAUGAAGACCUAUUGAGGUGUCUUCAAACAGAAGAUAAAAGCUUAUUAGAUGUAGUGUUAAAAUGUGAUGAAAAUGAAGUGAUUAAAAGUUCAGUUCAGAGGAUACCAGUGAAUAAAUUAAGAUUUAUUCUUCAAGAAUUGCAUAAAAGACUUUCAAGCCAACAAAGAAGGUUUUAUUCAAACAAGUGGUUGGAAAAAAUUCUGAGUGUUCACUUAAGGUAUAUUAUGCAAAGUGAAGAUCUUAAAGAAAUAAUAACACUUAUUGAAGACUAUUUUAUUCAACAAAGAACUAACGAAAAAAUAUUAAAAUUGUUGCAGCUGCAAAGAUUAGUUAAUCUUUUAAUACAGAUUAAAGAAGAAGGAUAUUGUGACAGUAACAAAUCAGAUGAUGAAAUGGAAACAUGAAAUUGUGCCAGAAAAAAAAAAUUGUAUUAUAUAUUUGUAAAUGAAAUUUACAAUCUGUACAAGUGUCUUCUUAUUUUUACAUAAUUCGGUGCUAGACAUGUCAAAAUUGGGCAGUCAAUUGAACUGUGCUGAAAAGGCAGGCAUUUUGUAUUUUUACAUUGAAAUGUUGAUGAUUUUAUUCACAAUUGUUAUUGUAAAUACUAAAGAUCCUGUUGACAUUUAAA